AGAAAGCAGAAGGUGUUCAGGUCUUCACUGGUCUGAAGGAGUCUGUGGAGAGAAAACUGAACGAGCUCAUCACUACGAUAGAAGAGAAGCAGAGAAGCACCAAGAAACAGGCUGAAGACGCCAUCAGAGAGAUGGAACAGGAGAUCUCUGAUCUGAUGAAGAGGAGCACUGAGGUGGAGAAGCUCUCCCUCUCUGAAGACCACCUCCACCUCCUCCAGAGUGUCCAGUCCCUCAACAUCCACCAUCCACCACCCACCAAGGACUGGUCUCAGGUCAGUGUUCCUCCAGCAUCACAUGAGGGGACUGUGAGGAGAGCUGUGUCUCAGCUGGAGGAGACGCUCAGCAACACGAUGAAGACGCUGGUUGAAGUGAAGAUAAAGAAACUGGUUGAAGUGAAGAUGAAGAAGCUGGUUCCUGAAACUGAGAUGAAGAGGGUCCAGAAGUUUGCAGUGGACGUGACUCUUGAUCCUGAAACAGCUCAUCAUAACCUCAUCCUGUCUGAUGACGGGAAACAAGUGAAACGUGCUCAGGUAGAGCAGCCACGUCUCCCCGACAAUCCACAGAGGUUCUCUCACGGUCUCUGUGUCUUAGGAACACAGAAGUUCUCUUCAGAAAAACUUUAUUACGAGGUUCAAGUUAAACAAAAGACUGAAUGGAUUUUAGGAGGACCAGAGUCGGCCAACAGGAAGGGACAAAUCACACUGAGUCCUGAGAAUGGUUACUGGACUAUACGGGUGAGAAAUGGAAACGAGUAUAAAGCUCUUGAUGAUCCUUCAGUUCUUCUCUCCCUGAGGUCUGGGCCUCAGAAGGUGGGGGUGUUUGUGGACUAUGAGGAGGGUCUGGUCUCCUUCUAUGACGUAGAAGCUGCAGCUCUCAUCUACUCCUUUACUGGCUGCUCCUUCAAGGAGUAAUUCCUUCCAUUCUUCGGUCCUGCAUAUCGCGAUGGUAUAAACUCUGCUCCUCUGAUCAUCUCUCCUGUUGGAGUAAACUAAUCACUUCUCUCACGUCCUUCAAGGGAAAAUAUUUAAACUCAACCCUGUGUGGUCUACACCUCAUCUUCUACACC